AUGUCCAAGGCGGCGCAGCUUCCCCUGCAGCACUUCCGCUCUCGGGGAGGGAGCCGGAGGGGGCUUUGGAGGCAGCGCACAGACCUGUUCGGCUGCGCGCUGCGCCGCUCUUCUAGUAGAGCGGCAGCAGCAGCCGCGGCGGCCCCAGGGGCUCACGCCUCCCGCAACACCUCGGGGAAGCCGGGCGCGCCUGUCCUGCGAGCCCAGCACCCCCAACCUGCUCCCCGCGCGCAGCUGAACCGCCGCGUGGGACUCGCCGCCCAACAUGGAUUUCCUCCUGGCGCUGUGCUCGGGUCCUCGCUCUACCUGCGGGUGGCCGCGGACUUCGACGGGAGGUGGCCCAGGCAAAUAGUGUCGUCCAUUGGCCUGUGUCGUUAUGAAACUCACCAUGGCUUAUGAUGUCAUUUGUGCGAGGAGAGUGACUCAGUGGUUCUAGCAGUUGGAUAUCACAGUAUGCUCAAGCAUAGGUUUCCGGUGAUAGUAAGAGACGUCAUGGUGGCUACCAUCCACUUCUUGAAGUCCUUGAAUACAUAUGGGGCAGAUCCAGCCUGGGUCAUGGUCUGUGGUGACAGUGUGGGUGGGGGCGUGGCAACAAUAGUUUGUCAAAACCUUGUGGACAGUUCUGAUCUCCCCAAGAUCCGUGCUCAGAUCCUGAUCUAUGCCGCUCUCCAAGCCCCGGAUUUCCAGCCUCCUUCUAAUCAGCAGAACAAGGACGUUCCACUGCUCAGACAGAAUUCGGCCUUCUACCGUUGGUGUGGUUACCUGGACAUCAGCCCCUCCUGGAAAAGAACCGUAUUGGAAGGAGCCCACUUGCCUGCCGAAGUCUGGGAAAAGUACAGAAAGUGGUUGGGUUCAGAAAACAUUCCAGAGAAGUUUAAGAAGAGAGGCUACACGCCCCAUGAGCCCCUGAAUGAAACUGCCUAUCUGGAGACAAACAUCAUUCUAGAUUUGACGAACUCACCCCUGAUUGCAGAGGAUGAAGUAGUGUCUCAGCUCCGCAAAGCUUGCAUCGUGAGCUGUGAGUGUGAUAUUCUCCAGGACCAUUCGCUGUUGUACAAGAAGAGGCUGGAGGACCUGGGAGUCCCAGUGACUUGGCACCACAUGGAGGAUGGUUUUCACGGGGUGUCGGUCACCCUUGACCUGGGCUGCUUGUACUUGCCCUGCUCCACGAGGAUUCUGAAUGCUGCAGUCCAUUUUAUAAAAGAGUUGUGA